AUGACGUGUCACCUUGUACCGAUAAUUCUCGACAUUGUUUCACCUUUGAACGUGAGCCGGUCUGAAGAUCUACACCUUCUAGUGGAGUACUUUGUCGAUCAGUCCAAGUACUGUUACGUAUUAAUAUUACAUCUGACGAUUUCCAUCUGCUUAGGAAUGACGACAGUGAUAAGUAUCGGAGUAACGCUGUACGGUUACGCUUUACACGCUUGCGCGUUGUUUAAAGUAGCCAAUUACCGGAUGGAGAUCACGAUGGGCAAGGACGUAUUAAGAAUCCCUAACCAGGAAAGGGAGCACGUGAUUCAUGGCAGGCUAGUUUGCGCAGUUGACGUGCACCGGAGAGCUCUUCUGUUCGUAUAA